AUGGCGUCGUCGUCAUCAAACACAUAUAACUCACCAUGCGCGGCGUGCAAGUUUCUUCGCCGUAAAUGCAUGCCGGGAUGCAUAUUCGCGCCAUAUUUCCCACCGGAGGAGCCACACAAAUUCGCCAACGUCCACAAAAUCUUCGGAGCAAGCAACGUCACCAAACUCCUCAACGAGCUCCUUCCUCACCAGCGUGAAGACGCCGUCAACUCCUUAGCCUAUGAGGCUGAAGCACGUGUCCGAGACCCCGUCUAUGGUUGCGUCGGAGCCAUCUCUUAUCUCCAGAGACAAGUCCAUAGGCUUCAAAAGGAACUCGACGCGGCUAAUGCUGACUUGGCUCACUAUGGUUUGUCCACGUCACCACCUGGAAACGUCGGCGAUUUGGUGUUUCAGCCCCAGCCGCUUCCACCGCAGCAGCAGCCGCAGCCUUUGAACCCGGUGUACAGGCUCUCGGGGGCGAGUCCGGUGAUGACUCACCUGCCACGUGGCACCGGAGGAUCUUAUGGGACUUUUCUUCCUUGGAACAAUGGUCAUGAUCAGCAAGGAGGUAACAUGUGA